GUUCUCCAUGCCAGUGUCCAUCUCCCUCUCUCACCCAGAGCUCACCUACAGGGCUCUGUAAGACGAUCCCAUCGUCGGCGGCGCCAGCCACGAGGGGCCGCGGUCUUGGCUUCGGGCGUGGGAGGUGCAUUCUUGAUUGAGAUCAGUUCCCGGGUCCUCCUGGAGUCCCAACAACAACUGCCCAGCGGACUCAUGGCACCUCGCGAUCUCCCCGGCACGCGUCGCGCCUUGGACACCGCGUCCUCGACGCGCGCGCCGACGACCAGCCAUGCGCCGCCGCCGGCCCCCGUGUCCGAUCUGUUCGUCGACCCGAUGAUGGGGUGCCCGCUGGCGAUGUACGUGGACAAGGACGUGCCGGACCAGGCGGAGAUCCAGCGCCUCAUCGUUGAACACGGCGGGAACGUGUCCCUCGGGUACAGUGCGGUGCCGUAUAUACUCAUCAAUCCGAGGACGGAGAGCGGGCAGCGGCUCUGGAGACAGUGGGCGCACAAGACGAACAAGAAGAUCAUCCUCGAUGCGCGCUGGGUGCGCGAGUGCAUCAAAGCCGGCGAACUGCAGACUAGGCGGACGGAGUGGGCGGGCUGCAAGGUCCAGGGGAACGAAUGGGACGAAGAUGGCUGCGACCCACCCGCGCAGGCUCCCCAAGACACGGCAGCGCCUCCCGAACCUAUCCCGCCCGCGCCGUCGGCACCCGCGGAUGCUGCCGCUACGGCAUCCUACAUGCCCGAGCCGACCGCGAGUAGCCUGGCCUCACUAGCUUCUACAAGCAUUGCGCAUGCACCCUUGGCAGCCACUAGCACCGCGCAUGCCCUCCCUCACGAUACCACCACCGAGCGUCACGACCAGGCGACACAGGCGUCCCUUCAGUACGUCCCUGAGUACUCCGGCUACACGUACGACAGUAUGGGCAACUACCACGGCAUCCCUUCGGUCUACUCCUACGCGCCGACGCCAAGAUGGGCCACUACCACGCAGCAGGUUGCUGCGGACAGCGUUAUGCACUACGCGCACGUAGAGCAGGCCCACACUCAGGUCGACCCGACGCACGCGCACGCGAUGGCGAUGACGGACGCCCAACCCCUGCGCACGCAGUACAGGCAGCAGGAGACAUGGUACCCGCACGCAUAUCCUCAACAGCAACCAGAGUACGACUACUCGCGGGUGCAGCAGCAAUACGCGUACUACGACAACACCAUGGCGUACGAGCAGCAUCAACAAACCUACGCCGCGCCGUAUCCCCAACACCCCCACCAACCCCAAGACACCCUCGCCGCCGCCAUGCCCGUCACGCCCCAACUGCCCCCCUCUCCCGAGCCCAUGGUCGUUGACUCGCCCUCUAACGAUCCCUCAACCGGGGACGCCUCCGAGCCCUCCGCCUCCGGCCAAACUCCACCACCACCUCCACCACCUCCCCUCCGCGGCCGGCGCUCUCGGCGCACAGGUCCUUUGGACGCCUCCGUCCUCGUCGCGCGCUCGAAUCCGCCGCCGCGCUCGCCGACGCCGCCGUCGCGGGUGCAGAUCAGCAGAUUUGGCGGGCACGCGUUCACGGAUGAGGACAAGGAGUAUCUGGAUCGGUAUAUUCAGUACUGCCAGGAUGCGGGGAUAAUGUUGAGCUUGAGGGAGAUCUGUGAGCGGGUGGCGUUGAAGGCGCCGCAUCAUACCUUUUACUCCUGGCGCCGCUACUGCAACAAGCACAAGAAGCGGCUCGGCGGAUACAAGAUGUCGCACUGCCUGUCGCCGUCGCCGGAGGAGGAAGAUGAGGAGGAGGAAGGGGGUGAAGGAGAGGGGGAGGGCGAAGGCGAGAUGGACACCUCGGGGUACAAUGGGUACGAGGCGCAGUACUAUGGGCAGUAUGGCGAGCAGCAGGGGAUGCAACAUCCGGAUCCGGGGAUGCAUCACCCUCAUCCCGUUGCAUCGACGUCCGCCCAUACCCUCGAGACGUCUCCCCAAGUUCCCUCGGGCCAGUCUCAAGAUCCAGAUCCUUCGCUUCACAAUGACGACGACCACGACGACGACUCCACCCCCUCCAUCCCCUCCCGCUCCCCCUCGCCCCCGCGCGCGCUCUUCCGCUCCACCACAGGCAAGGGCGUCGCGUUCACAGACGCGGACGUGACGUUUCUGGUGCGCACGCUGGCGUAUAGGAGGGCGCAGGGGCGGAAGAUGGAUGGCGAGUUCUGGCGGGAUAUUUGUGAGAAGGCCCCGCACCACUCGCGCGCCUCGUGGAUGAAGUACUGGCGCCGGCAUCGCCACGAGCUGGACCCCGAGCUGCAGAACGCGGUCCCGGAGGUGGAGAUGGAGGCGCCGGAGGGGGUGUAUGGGGGUGGUAGUGGUGGGACGGGUGGUGCGGUUGGGGAUACGCCAGGGACGAGCGGUAAUGCGGCAGGGGCGGGGACUAGUGGUGCGGACACGGGUGCGAGCGCUAUGGACACAGACACCACGACAAGUGACGGGCCUGUGUCGAGCGCGACGACAGGAACUGCUCCUGCGGCCAGUGGUACGACAAGCCGGAGGACGCCUGAGGCUAGCACGCGGCAGCUAAGGUCGCCUCCGGAGGUAUCUUACACGGCGACGAGCUCUGCCCCGCCGUAUGUCACUACCCCGGCCUUUGCGGUGGGGUACGGGGCGACGGGUUCUCCGUAUGGCUCGACGUCGACCACCGGGUACGCGAGCACGUCGACCACUGGGUACGCGUCAACUUCGUCCGCUGGCUAUGCCUCGACGUCGUCCGCUGGCUAUGCGAGCACAUCUACUGCUGCCUAUCCGGCGCAGCCUGCGGACUACUCGCAACGACCGUCAACCGGCUACUCUACAUCCUCGUCCACCGAGUAUGCGUCGCGGCCGUCAACUGGGUACACCUCCGCGGGCUAUCCUACCGACCCAACCCGGCCGUCUACGGGAUACGCAGCACCGUCGGCAUCCACCAGCUACGCGCCAACAUCCACCCCGUAUACCACAUAUGACCAAACAUACGCCAUGGCCGGCGUAGCGAGCAGCUUCACGCCAGCUGGGAUCGGGCAGGGGUACUCGGCACAGUACACGUCCCCCUCGUCAUCGCCGGAGACGAGGUAUGCGGCAUCUUCGUCGCCGGUGGCGCAUACGACGUCGCCUGGGGUGCACGCGACGUCGCCGCCUGUUCCUGCAGGACCGUCUGUGCCUACCCAGGCGUCCUCGUCAAUUUCUUCACGAACUGCCCAGUCGCCAACUACUCUUUCCGGACCCUCGUCACAUCAACCCUCGUCAUCUCAUCAGCCCUCCUCGUCACAACAACCCACCCGCCCACCUAAUCCCUCUUCUGCACCGUCUCAAACGAAAGCGACUCAUUCAUCACAGCCCAAAUCCUCCACCUCCACCACCACCACCCGUUUACCCACCUCCACCAUCAAACCCCCCACCACCUCCGCCUCCACCACCCAUCCCUCAUCCUCUUCCCGCCUACCUAACGCCUCUGCCUCCACCACCAAACCCUCCACCUCAUCAUCCACCACCCACCCCACCAAACCGCCUACCGGCAAGCCCAAGCGGUACACGCAGGCCGACGACGUCCUGCUCGCGAAGUUUCUGGCGGGAAAACCGCGCGGCACGAGCGAUGCGAUCUUUAGGGCGUUUGCGGGGAUGCACCCGCACCACCCGUGGAAGGGCUGGCAGGAGCACUACCGCGUCAGCCGCGCGACCGUCGACCACCUCGUGCGGCAGCUGCAGGCGGGGCGGGCGAUUGGGGAUGAGAGUUAGGAGGAGAGGGUAGGAGGGGGAGUAGGUGCAGAAGAGGAGGGGAUUUGGGGGGAGGGUGGGGAUUACGCGUCAGCCGUAACGGUGUUGUGGUUGUCAAGCGGGAGGCGGCUGGGGUGGGUGAUUGGAGAAUAGGGAGGUGGAGGGCGAGGAGGGAGGUGUAGAGGAAAGGGCGACGAAUACCUGUACCGAUCUACUAACUUUGUACGCUAUAGCUGCUGUAUACCGGUGUAUCGGUGUUGUACUAUUGAUGGUGUUUUCUUGGAUGUAGCUGGGCGGUUGAGGGGG